CAAAAGGGGUCAGGAAAAUAUAGUAUUGUACACACACGUGAAAACAAGCGUAAGCCAAUGUGUGUCAGUUAAACGAUUCCCUUGAAUAAGUAUUGAGAGAAUUGCACACUUCUAAACGGGCUGAAGAAGAGCAUCGUAUGGUUGGACCCGUUUUGUCUCUUAGUUUGUGAAUUUGAAGCGGUUAUGUGUCAAGUUGAAGAAGACUAUAAUGGUCUGGAGUGUAACCAGGAGAAGAUACCUGUGCCGACGCUUAACAGGAAGUGUAUGAAAUGUAAGGAGGGAACUGCAGUGCUCAUCAUUCGGGUCAAUGAUGCUUUUUGCCAGUCUUGCUUUAAGGAGUACUUCGUACACAAGUUUCGGGCCAUGCUGGGAAAGAAUCGUGUCAUCUUUCCCCAGGAGAAGGUUCUUCUUGCUGUUUCUGGUGGUGCAGCCUCUUGCUCGAUGCUCUCACAAGUUCAAGAGGGGCUGAGUCGGGAGGCUCCCAAAAAGUUCAGAUUUGUGCCUGGAAUCAUAUACAUUGACGAUGGCGGAGCUUGUGGCCGGAGUACAGAGGAGCGGCAGAGGUCUAAUGCUCAGCUGAAGAGCAUCUUCACAGAGACUGGCUUCCCUUACUUUAUAGUUCCUCUAGAGCAGGUUUUCAGUCUGCCUACCUCUGUACUGGUGCCUGGCACGUCUGAUCCAGACCCAUCCAAUCCCAGCUAUAAACAAGCCGUGGAUCAGUAUGUCAAAGAGAAACAGACACUCACACAAGAGAAUGUAGUCAGUGCUGUGGCUCAGCUCAGUAUAGAGGACUCUGCAUAUUCUCCCGAACACAAGCUGGCAUUCGAGAGGCUGUUGUCAUCACUGAAGACGCUCACAGCCAAAGAGGAUAUGUUACAGACCUUAAGGCAGCACCUGAUUCUGCACGUUGCCCGUGAGAACGGCUACUCGAAGGUCAUGAUGGGGGAUAGCUGCUCACGAUUGGCCGUCAAACUGCUCAGUAAUAUCGCUCUGGGUCGCGGAGCAGCACUGGCUUCAGAUACGGGUUUCUCUGAUCCUCGGUAUGGGGAUGUGGUGAUAGUGCGGCCCAUGAGGGACUAUUCAUCCAAAGAGAUCGCCUUCUACAGCAGGAUGUUUAAUGUGCCCUCAGUUUUUAUCUCAGGACUGGAUACCAAGACCCACGAUAAAGCCAGCAUCCAGCGACUGACGGAGAGUUUUGUCACCAACCUACAGUCUGACUUCCCCUCCACUGUUAGCACUAUCUACAGAACUAGUGAGAAACUUCAUACAGUAAUGCCCCCUCAAAGUCAAACCGCUGAACCUGCCUCCAAGUGCCUGCUGUGUCUCUGUGCUCUCGACAUUAAAGUAGGUAAAGCUUCUGCCUUCCAUGCUACUUUGGUAUCUGAGCAGCUGUCCCAGAUCAAACUUCCGGACACGUCUGCAGAGCGGUGCUGCACAGAGGGUCAGGGUUGUGGACCUGGAGGCUGCUGUUCCUCAAACAGGUUGCCUUCACAUCAGGACUUGAAGACACUCUUGUGUUACAGCUGUAGACUCACUAUCAAGGACAUGGUAGCAACAGACGCUCUUCCACCUUACAUCAUAACAGAGGCAGAAAAACGACAGAAAAGAUCUCGAAUGAAGAUGGAAAUCAGCGAGUACCUUUUGGAGGACGAGGAGGAAGAUGGAGACUAGCAGAUAUUUGGAUUAAAAGCUUUCUCUAUAGGACUGUAUCUAGGGUUAGCCUUGCUAAUGCAUGGUUUCACCCUAUUCAAAACCAAAUCAGAAAAGUAUUUCAUUUGCAAGUCAAUAAAAAGUCAUUUGUGAA